AUCAAGGGACUCGGUUUCUUGGAACGGGAGUGUGAGAGGGAAGACUUUUUGGCCAGGAGUACGAGGUGUUCCUUAUCUGGGAGCUAUUAAAGCAGCUUGAACAGACUUCCAAGGUUCAAACCCCCUUGGAGUGGAUGACAGUGAUUUCUGGGUGGUGGGAGUGGAGGGGUGAAUCGUCUUGAUUUAAAACUUGGUGGAAGUGGCUUAAAGAUCUGGGAUCAGAAGCCCUCUCUCAUCCCCACGUUGGUUCUGUCCAGUACUUAAGGCGGGACAUUUGAUAAAAAGCCUUUUACGUCUGGCCCUAUUUGCUCUUAGGAGGGGAGCCAGGAAAAGAAUCCUGGGAUUAAAUAAUCUUUUUGGUCAUAUACUGAGGAGUUAACACCCUCCACACCCCACCUUGCCAUCGUGCUGUACCAGAGCAGCCCUGAUCUUGGAUGUAUUCUCUCAGGGUGAUGAUAUCAAGCAUCAGAAGACUUUCAUAGGCUGUUUGUAAUAGAUAACCAACCCCUCGGUGUCAAUUUUUCAUCCUAAAGCAGUCCAGAUAUUUGAACACAGUAUGUGAAGGAGUGUACAAAGAUAAGGAGAGACAUAACAGUUGAAGGAAAACAACAAAUCUCCUUUACGCUGACCACAGUCAGGGACAGGUCUUCUGGUCUGAAAUGUCAUCAACUCUUUUUAAAAUGAACUUUACUGUCUUACAAACUAUGGUGGAGGAGUCAACUUUUCACAGCAUUUCCUGGGCAAUUACUGGAUGGGAUGGGAUCAGAUCUACUGCUGUUACCUUUUGUGGGAGAAGAGAAAAGGGGCAGAGAAAUAUACUUGGCUGGAAAGAAAAGGGAACUGCUAAUGCUAUGCCCCUUACCAUAAUAGGACUGUCAAUGGCAGGAUACCAGCUCUGGUCACCAUGGACCCCACUGGACGAGAGCUUCCAAUGGCUGCGGCACACAACACCUACACCUUCUUCAAAGCAUCCCUUUAGGGCUUCCCCCCGCUUCCCACAUACCCCUUCUGACCUUGAAGUGCAGCUGUGCUUUCAAGAGGUCACUCUAGUCCUAGAUAGCCCAUUUCUGGAGCCUGGGGUGAGUCCCAGGUUACCCUGCCACACAUCAGAGCUCCGAACCAUGAACAACAAGAAAGGGCUGGUCAGGAAGCCCCAGCCUGUCCGCCUCAGUGGAGUGGAUUCCGUGUUUGGCAGGGUCAUCACAGCUCAGCCACCAAAAUGGACUGGGACCUUCAGAGUUUCAGACAAAUCAGCCUUUUGCAAAAUCAUCAGCCGGGAGAACCAGUGGCCCACUGGACUUAAGGAACCUCAGAUUCAGAUGACAGUGACCAUGUGCAAACAGAUGCUGCGCUCUAUCCUCUUACUGUAUGCAACAUACAAGAAGUGCACCUUUGCCUUGCAACACUCCAAGUAAAGGGUUCCCAUCUGAUUCCUGUUCCUAAUACCAUGUCCUGUGCUAUGUGCCUGAAGCUUACAGAAACCUGUCCAUGUAAAAGAAACUGACAUCAUCUGAGCCAUCUUGCUUUUCUGUCAAGCAGUGACAAUUCAGGAACCCCUUUCCUCCUCCCCCCCACCAAAGGCCAGUGACAGAGCAAAGGAGAACAUUUCCAUUGUAAAGUUGAACAUUUAAAAGAGAGUCAAACUAGUGUUGACAUGUACAUGUGAGAAAGAACCAUUAAACCAUAUAAACCAAUGA